AUGGCUUUAAACCACACCGAUGUGCCCCAAGAUGAGCGCCUGCCACACUACCUCCAAGAUGGGGAUCCCUUUGCUUCUAAACUUUCCUGGGAAGCGGAUUUAGUGGCUGGCUUUUACUUAACAAUCAUUGGGAUUCUGUCCACAUUUGGAAAUGGGUAUGUCCUUUAUAUGUCUUCUAGACGAAAGAAGAAGCUGAGACCGGCAGAAAUAAUGACUAUCAAUUUAGCAAUCUGUGAUCUGGGGAUUUCAGUUGUAGGCAAACCGUUCACCAUCAUCUCUUGCUUCUGUCACCGCUGGGUGUUUGGCUGGAUUGGUUGCCGUUGGUAUGGAUGGGCCGGAUUUUUCUUUGGCUGUGGAAGUCUUAUCACCAUGACUGCAGUCAGCCUGGAUCGGUACCUGAAGAUCUGCUAUUUAUCUUAUGGGGUUUGGCUGAAGAGAAAGCAUGCCUACAUCUGCCUGGCAGUCAUCUGGGCCUAUGCUUCCUUCUGGACCACCAUGCCCUUGGUGGGUCUGGGGGACUACGUGCCUGAGCCCUUCGGGACCUCGUGUACUCUGGACUGGUGGCUGGCCCAGGCCUCAGUAGGGGGCCAGAUUUUCAUCCUGAACAUCCUCUUCUUCUGCCUCUUGCUCCCAACGGCUGUGAUUGUGUUCUCCUACGCGAAGAUCAUUGCCAAGGUUAAGUCCUCCUCCAAGGAAGUAGCUCAUUUUGACAGUCGGAUCCAUAGCAGCCAUGUGCUGGAAAUGAAACUGACCAAGGUGGCAAUGUUGAUUUGUGCUGGCUUCCUGAUUGCAUGGAUUCCUUACGCAGUGGUCUCUGUGUGGUCAGCUUUUGGAAGGCCAGACUCCAUCCCUAUACAACUUUCUGUGGUACCAACCCUACUUGCAAAAUCAGCAGCAAUGUACAACCCCAUCAUUUACCAGGUCAUCGAUUUUAAAUUUGCCUGUUGCCAAACUGGUGGUUUGAAAGCAAGCAAGAAGAAAUCCUUGGAAAACUUCAGGCUGCACACUUUAACCACAGGCAGGAAGUCUUCUGCUGUGCUGGAAAUUCAUCAAGAGGUAUGAAGAUGGACACAGCACCACUCAUGGACACAAUGAUUCACUUGCUUGCCUUUUCACUGCUGUUAAUGUUUGAUUGUGACCACGCUUCUCUCUUUAUAUUAUAUUUUUAUAUUUUGUGCACUUCUCCUCUUUUUCCUUAAGCCAGGAUUUGCUGGAAAAUUCCAAUGGCCCAAUGGAAACUAGAUUAGGGGACACCACUUUAAGGAAUAUUAUUAGGACAAGCCUCCCUGGAGUUUUCUUUUCAUUAUAUUUUAAGACUUGUCAUGCCAAACAAUAUUGAGCCUGAGAUAUUAAGAGAUGUUUACUAGGGUGUUAUUUAAUUUCAUGACAUCAUUAUUAUUUCCUCAUGUAGGGCCCGAGAGGCAGUUUCUGGGGUUUUCUUCGGUGGGUGAUCAUUGAGAGAGUGUGUUGGACCACGGCCCUUUGACUGGUAGAUGCUUCUGGGUCUCCCAGCCAUGCCUUUCUCAUGCUGGCAGGGGGUCCCAGUCUAACGGUAGCGAUUCUGCAAAGGUGUCCUCUAGGGAAAUCAGUUUUGCCUUAAAUCCCGAAAUGGAAAACUCCCUUGUAUCCUAACAUUUGAGGACAGAAAUAAUUCCCAUUGAUAAUAAUUUUACCCACAUGGGUUCUUCUCAUUAAGUUCUACCUACUCAUAUAGUGGAUAUAACAGGGCAUUACUAGCUCUGAUUAUUCAAGAAACAAACUUAGUGAAAAUAGCUAUAAAGUGGUGUUUCUUUGUUACCUUUGUUCUCUCUUUUGUAUAUUCUUUGUUUUCCACAAACUCCUUGUGAGGUUUACAGGUAUGGCAAUGCAGAUGAGAACACGGAUGGGAUGAGUUCAAGCAGAUGCCCGCUCUUGCUAGUGAAAGGGGCUGGCAUGUAAAUACAAGGUCCAGAUUGGUCUUCAAUUAGAUACUUUUCUGAUUUCUUUCCUAAUCCAAUGAGUAGGGCCUUGUACUUGGCAAUUCUUUUAAUUCAAGGCCAACGCAAGUGCCCUCCAUGCUCCCCUGCACCAUCCACCACCCUCUCUGCCAUGAAUCUAAGUCCUGCUCAACAAUUCUGAUCCUUAGCAGCUUAGGAGAGAAGCUCCUCUAGUGCCCUUGUAAUCUCACUACUCCUUCCAGUUGAGGCUCUAUAGAGAACCAGACCCUCUCCAGGGCUCAGCCCUCCAUGUACAGCUCCUUUGGUUUCUUUGUCUUGUUUGUUCCAGCACUGGGGCGAGAGGUGUAGAAUGUGCCAGUGGUUUA